AUGCAAAGAUUUAAAAAGAGAAGUCAGAGCUUAUUUCCAAACUAUAAACUCGGAGAAGGCAUAAAUGCAUCGCAAGACCCAGGAAAAAAUUAUCAUGUCAUGUUUGCAAAAGAUUAUUCUGUCAAAUUAUGGAACUCACUGCAGAUUUUAAGUUCAAGUGCAGAUCCAUACUUUGAUGAAGAGGAAAGUGAAGAAGAACAGGAAUAUGGCUUAGAAGAAGAAGAAAUAGAUGAAAGACGAUCAGUCUCCCAGUCUCUGCCUACCACUCCUAAAAACAGCAUAAUAAAUAUAAACGUUGGUGGGGUGUCUUACCAGAUUGCCUAUAGUGUGGCCGCCAGGUAUCCAAAAACAAGAAUAGGGAGACUUGCAACAUAUACUGACCAUGCUAAAAAACUAGACCUGUGUGAUGACCACAUUGUUCUGAAUAAUGAAUAUUUCUUUGACAGAGACCCUGACAUCUUCCAUCAUGUGUUCAACUUCUACAGGACAGGCAUGCUAUGGAUAAAGAAUGAACUAUGCCCCAGGAAUUUUGUUGAAGAAAUUAAUUAUUGGGGUAUAAGGAUAAAAAAUAGCCAGCGGUGUUGUAGGAUUUCUUUUGAGGAGAGACAAGAUGAGUUAAAUGAGCAACUCAAAGUUCAAAGAGAACUCCAAGCAGAAAUUCAAGUAGAAGAAAAUGCCGAGCUCUUCAGAGACAUGAAAUAUAGCAGGCAAAGGAGGAUGGUGUGGAACCUAAUGGAGAAACCAUUUUCAUCUUUUACUGCUAAAAUGAUGGCUGUUGCAUCCAGCUUCUUUGUAUUAAUUUCUAUAGUGGCCAUGACCUUGAAUACCGUGGAAGAGAUGCAGUACCAAACAGCAAGUGGCCAGCUGAGUGGUAAGACCUAUCUUGAACACGUAGAGACCUUCUGCAUUGUGUUUUUCACCAUGGAGUUCAUUCUUAGACUAACCUCAACGCCAGAUAUUAAGCAGUUUUAUAGAAGUGUCCUGAAUGCUGUAGACUUAAUAGCUAUUCUUCCAUUUUACCUACAGCUUAUCCUGGAAUGUUUUAUAGAUGAAGAUCUCAAAAAACACGACCAUGAUAUAGAGGCAGUUGGAAGAGUUGGAAAGGUUGGCCAGGUUCUGAGACUUAUGAGACUAAUGAGAAUUUUUAGAAUUUUGAAACUUGUCCGUCACUCCACUGGACUGAGAGCUUUUGGAUUCACAUUAAGGCAAUGUUACCAACAAGUUGGAUGUCUCUUCCUUUUCAUAGCUAUGGGGAUUUUUGCCUUCUCUGCUGUGGUCUAUUCUGUUGAACAUGAUGUUCCUGGAACAAAUUUUACCAGCAUUCCUCACUCGUGGUGGUGGGCUGCUGUCAGCAUAUCCACAGUGGGCUAUGGAGAUACGUACCCAGAAACCCACCUUGGCCGACUCUUUGCUUUCAUUUGCAUUGCCUUUGGAAUUAUCCUCAAUGGGAUGCCCAUCUCUAUCCUCUACAACAAGUUCUCUGACUAUUACACCAAGCUGAAGGCCCACGAAUAUACAUCUGUCAUGAAGAAAAGGGGAAAGGCGAACUUUAAACGAAAAGUGAUGAGGAAAGUAACUGAAUGCUGUGAAGGAAAACCACAAAAACAGCAAAAGAGGCAGCAUUAACUUCAUAAAAAUUCACGGAAGAAUGCAAAUACGGUAUGAAGUUUAACAACAUUCUCAGGUUCGCUGUAACUUUUCCAUUGAUAAUAAUCGAGUCAUUUCUUUGUGAAAUUAAAGGAGUCUGUGAUCUAUAAACAAUGCAAAUACAAUUUUGUGAAAUUGUAGCCAGUCAAGUAAAUGUAGGAAAUAUAUUUACAUAUUUAGAAGAAAAUAAAAUUACAUUUCUGGAUU